AUUAAGUAAGGGGUCGUUUCCGAUGUAAACAACGUAAUGAUUCCAUGGUUCAAUCAUAGCCGAAUACUACAGUUAUAAUAGUAAUAGAUCUAGAAAGAUCUAGAUAUCUUGAUUUAUAAUAGUUAAAUAGUCUACAUAGGGUUUAACUGAUAUUUAAGCCUAUAGUAUGUCUAUCUCUAUACUAAUAUAUAGAUCUAACUUGAAACUGUUAAGACGUCAUAAAUAUAUGUUUUGUGGUUAUGUGGAGAAACGAUUUCUUAAUUAUGUCCAAGGACAGUCUCCUGAUGAUGAUCCGAAAACUAGAGAAUAUUUUUAUUAUGUUGACCACCAAGGCCAACUUUUUCUGGAUGAUUCAAAAAUGAAAAACUUUACUUCUUGCUUUAAAGAAAAAGAUUUUUUGGUGUUUUUCUUCAAAAGACUCAAACUAAACACCACUGGGAAAUAUAUGGAUGAAUUUCCAUAUGUUUCUCCCUGUGGCAGGGAACUCAACUUUGUACGCUGUGAUGACGUGCCUAUUGUUUUCACACACAUCCUGGAAAGUUCCACUCACUUUCCAGGGAUUCUUUCUUACAAUGGUGCCGGGGACAAUCUCACAGUGAAACUUGAACCAGAAAAUAUUUGCAUGUUGCCUUCGACUGGCAGAGUUUAUCAUCCUGCCCCAAAGCAAUAUGGAAGUAUUGGACUUAUUAAGUCUUCUUUGGCACUAGAACUUAGCAAGUAUUUUGAAUUUCAUUCCAGUGAUCAGUCUACACCACCCUCACAUUUUCAUUGGAGAGGAGUUCGUUAUGAACUGACUAAUGUAUUGUUGGAUGUGGUCAAAACAAGGCAACCUCAAGUAGUCUGACAUUGAUUCUCAGAAUUCAUUAGUCCACUCUAAUGGCUAAAGCCUUUCUGACAUUUGUUGGGAACAAUGAAUUCCUAAUUAAAUUCUUAUGGUCAUUGUGCAAGCAGCAUGAUACCCUAGAGCAACUUGUAGCCACUAACACUAUAUACUUAACAAUGACAAUUAAUAGGUCCCUGGAGGCAAACUCCUAAUUGAAAGAUGUUCCCAAAUCCUCAACUCAAACAGAUUUAGAAUCUAUCUGCUCAGGUAAAGGUGUCUGUGCUUUUAGAUUUAAAUCUUUCUGCCUUGCCCUUUCUUGUGUUCAAAAUGUGGUUUAGAUGUAGAAAAGAUAAAAAUAUUUUAAAAAGAAGGCACAUAAAAGAGAUAGCAAACAAUUUAUCUGAAUCUUCCUUGGCAUCAAUAUAUUUGACUUAUAUUGACUUUUAAGUCAAUAAUAUUUGCAAAAUGAAAAUUCCAUUAAUUCAAUCAAGAUUAUAUGGAUGUGUAUAUCAGACAUUUGCACUAAUGUUGAUUCCCUUUUAGUCAAUCAAAGCCAAUCCCAAACAAUACACAGGUGCUCUAAAUCUUCAAGCUGUUUAGAGAAUACAUUGUAGUGAAUUUCAAAUGUAUGACUUUAUUGAAGGUAAUAAUUAUGUGUGCCUUUUUUAUAAAUUAUCUGUGUGAUUCAAUAGUAUUGUACCAUUCAAAAUCUUUCUUCUUUGAAUUUUCAACAUUUUUUUCUUUAAAUUAAUCUUAUUUAGCUUCAGAAGGAAGGGCUAAUAAUUAGAGAGAUUAAUAUUUGUACUUUAGUGUUCAAUGCAAGAUUUGCUGGAAAAUUCUUCACUGUGCUGUUGUUUUUUUAUAACAGAAAAUGUAUUGAGUGCACUGCAAUUAUUAAUUGAAUGAGAAAGUUUGGAUCUUUAAUUUUUAUCUUAUAACUAUAUUGUACUUAGGCUACACCAAGGCUAUAUUUUUCUUGGGGAUCACAUUUCCUUGUUUAUUUUUUAUUUUUUUAAGAAGAGAGCAUUAUGCCAUAAGUUCUCCAGAGUUUGGUAGAUAAAGAAUCAAUAAAACUCUGUAUUUGC